AUGCCUCUCGUCCUCUUCGGUGGGCGGCGUGUGACGCCAUUCCUUGUCCUCUGGCGCUCGCAGGUGCGCCAGCUGGUGAGCUGCAGCGCGGUCAAGGUCCAGCCCAAGGAGGGCGACACCGUUGACCGGUCAAAGUACUACCAGGGCAUCAAGUUUUACGAUCCCGAGAUCGUGGGGGACACCCCUCAGUCCGUUGAGCAGGUCGGCAUCCAGAACGUCCUCGCCGCCGCGAAGCAGCACCUCGGCCUGCUGCCCGGCGAGCCCCUGCUGCUGCCGCGCCCCGACUUUGCCGCGCGCUGGGGGGCGCUGGACGACGUCGUUAUGGGCGGCGUCAGCGAGAGCGGGCUGCAGCUGGUGGCGGGGGCGGGCGAGGCCGGGGGCCCCGCGCUCGUGUUCAGGUGGGGUCCCCGGUUGUGA